AUGGUAGACGGUGACACCACUCCACCAUCAAAAUCCUCAGAAAACUCAGAGAAAGGAAAGAAGGUUGCUGAUGAAAACCCUCAUCUUCAACCAGAUAGUCCUUACUACGUACAUCCAGCUGACAAUCCCACCAAUGUUUUUUAUCAACCAGUUCUUUCAGGUGAAAACUAUGGCACUUGGGUACGAGGGAUGCGCAAAUCUUUGAGUGCUAAAGCUAAGACAGGAUAUAUAGAUGGCACAAUCAACAAACCAACGAAAUCAGCAGAUAUUCCUUAUUGGCAGCGCUGUGAUGAUCUUGUUGGCAGCUGGGUCUGCAACUCUUGUGAACCAGAGAUUGGUCGCAGUAUCAUGUCUUUCGACACUGCCCAUGUGAUGUGGAUGAAUCUGAAGAGUUGUUUUGUACAAUCUAAUGCAACCAAGAUGUAUGCAAUCAAGCAAGCAAUCUCGAAUCUGAAGCAAGAAGAUAAUACUGUUGCUCAGUAUUUCACUCAGCUGAAAACUCUUUGGGAUCAGCUAGACUCCUUCCGUCCUCCCACUCAGUGCAUCUGUCACGCAGGUAAGGCUCAUAUUGAACAAACAGAUCAAGAUCGUGCAAUGGAAUUUUUGCAGGGUCUCCAAACUCGUUUUUCAAGCUUGAGAAGUCAGCUCCUUGUCACUGAGCCAUUAUCUUCUGUUGCGAAGUUAUACAAUCUUGUUCGUCAGGAAGAGGAACAACAUGGACUCAAUUCCUUGGUGGUGCACAAUGUGGACUCUGCAGCUUUGAAUGUCUGUCGUCAUGAUCCUAGAAGCAAUCGCUCCUUUCCAGGAAACAAAAAUGGUGCCAGCAGCAGCAAUAACAAACGCCAGCGACCAUUUUAUGACCACUGCAACAAACAUGGUCAUACACGGCUAAUCUGUUGGAAAUUGGUUGGUUAUCCAAAGGAUGCAUCCAGGUCUGAUUCUCGUGCUUUGGCUUCUGUUGCUGUGCCUGCUCCUGCUGCACCAUCCAUCACUGCUGAACAAUAUGCUCACAUCCUUGCUUUGCUCGAUCCAGCCAAUGGAGACAUAACACCAUCUGCCAAUUUCGCAGGUAUCACCUUGUCAUCUAUUUCUAAUUCUUCUACACUUAUUUGGAUUGUCGAUAGUGGUGCUUGA